GGCUUAGUCUGCCACUCUCCUGCAUCAGCUGCCGGCCAGUACUUCAAGAAGGGCAAAGUUGCUACAAGCCAAUGCCAUUCAAGACUGAUGAAAUUAGAACUUACCCUCUUCCCCAUGAGUAUCUGAAGAUGUCUGAGCUCCCCAAGAACUGGGACUGGCGAAACGUAAAUGGAGUCAAUUACGCAAGCCCUACUCGCAACCAAGACACCCCACUGUACUGUGGAUCUUGCUGGGCUCAUGCCAGCACCAGCGCCCUAGCUGACCGCAUCAACAUCAAGAGGAAAGGGGCCUGGCCCUCUGCUUUCCUCUCAGUUCAACAUGUUGUUGACUGUUCUGGUGCUGGGUCCUGUGCUGAGGGUGGAGACGACUAUGGCGUAUGGCUCUACGCUUAUGAGCAUGGCAUUCCAGAUGAGACAUGCAGCAGUUACGUAGCAAAGGAUCGAGAGUGCAAUAAGUUUACGGAGUGUGGGACUUGUGUUACUUUUGACAAAUGUAAAGUGAUAAAGAAUUACACCCUCUGGAAAGUGGCAUAUUAUCACAGUAUCAAUGGGCGAGAAAACAUGAUGGCUGAAAUCUAUGAAAACGGACCAAUCAGGGCAGUGGUGGUAGUAGAAGACAUGGCUUUUUGUGACACCAUCUGAAGGAUAAGAAAGAAGCUUUUAAAAAGAUCUUUGGAGUAUGGUUACAUGUUGUUGUUGUGUGUCUUCAAGUCAUUUCUGACUUAUGACCACCCCAAGGCCACAGGGUUUUUGUGACAAGUUUAUUCAGAGAAGGUUUGCCAUUGCCAUCCUCUGAAGCUGAGAGAGUGAUUUACCUAAAAUCACCCGGUGGAUUUUGUGGCAGAGCUGGGAAUUGAACCAUGGUCUAAUGCAAAACCACUAUGCUGAGCACUGGAAUAUGACUCUGAAGACCAGGGUUCAAUUCCCAGUUUAGCCAUGAGGCCCACUCUCUCAACCUCAGAGGAUGGCAAUGGCAAACCUCCUCUGAAGAAACUUGCCAAGAAGACCCUGUAAUACGGUUGUGUUAGGUUCACCAUAUGUACUUAGAGUAUCAGAUUAAUCUCAACA